AUGGCGAGUCAGUCCAUAUCAAAUCGCUAUCUCAAGCUGGAAGAUCUUCGCAGCCUGCUCAGGACAAAAUUUGGAUCUGGCAAUUUUAAAAUACAAGAAAGAGACGAAAGCUAUGAGCUCAGCAUUCCAGAGCUACUAACAGAGGUCAGUAUUCCAUGUUUCAAUGUUAGAGAUGAAGCUCGGAGGAUGGCGGAACUGCGGAACAGUAUCGAAAGGAUACGUUUCGUGAAUGUCAACUUCGAACACCGUUACUUUAUUCCUGAGGCUGCCUUGUUCGAGGUGGUCUCCGAGCCAGCUAUCAAAAUGUCUUUGAGAAGCUUCGGAGUCCCCGUCUAUGAGAUUAGAGAUUUGGCAAUCAGCAUUCUGCAAGGCGCGCGAAAAUGUUUUGCGAUCUUGAUCCUUAUAGGUCGAGGUGAGGCCAUUUCCAACUUCUUCAGGCGUGAUUCGCUGCAACGAUCCUAUCCCGACGAUCGUCUCCCUUACACCUUAGGGAAACUGCAACAGAUUUUUGAGGAUGAAUCCACCAGCUCCACGAUCAGCCAUUUUCUCGAGAAGCAAUGGGAGGUUGCUAUCCCUAUCAUGCACCAGCACAUGACUUUUCGAAAGCUUGAAACUGAGGCCAUCUUGCCUUUUCUCCACGAGGAAGCCACCGGGCGAGGCUCAAUGGGCACUGCUUGGAAGAUCGAACUCCAUCCUCAGUGCCAUCGACUUCCGCUGGAAAACCACAAGGUGAUCAGGAAGCAAAUUGAAUGCGGCAACAGCGAGGAUAUGGCUAUUUUUCUAAAGGAGUUGGAAAAUCUAUCCCUACUUACUCACUUGAAGCAUCCAAAUAUCGUUCAGCUAUAUUGCUCCUACAUUUAUCGGCAGAGAUACAAUCUUAUCUUUGCUGUUGCCAAUGGUGGAUCACUAGCGGACUUUCUCAAUGGGCAGAAUGGUGAAAAAGAGCUUGAGGGCCCGCAACUUCUGCUUGCGCUCGCGGAUCUGGCCUCGGCAAUUGAUGCCUUGCACAACUUCACUUCGGAUGUAUUUGAUCUUAGCUUAUCUGGAUGCCACCACGACCUUGCACCCCGAAACAUCUUGAUCCACAAUGAGACUUUCUUGCUAGCCGAUUUUGGGCUAUCUACAUUUAGGAACGCGGAAGAAGACUCUCUCACCAUAUUCAAGGAGGUUCGCGGGUCAUAUGUAGCUCCCGAGUGCCAAACGUUGCACGACGGCCACGUCAAGUCCCAGAAGAUCAGCCGAGCAAGUGACAUAUGGUCUUUCGGCUGCAUUCUCUCCGAAGUGUUGACGAAUAUGUUACUGGGUUCUAAUGGGGUCGCACAGUUCCGUGACAAGCGGAAAGUCCAGGUGACACCGGAAAUUGAAUGGUUUCGAUUCCAUCGAGGUCCUGGAACGCCGAAUCACGCGGUGAUUUGUUGGCUAGAUGACUUGCAAGUAAACAGAGAGCCAUUUUACGUGAAAAUGAUUGAUCUGAUUCGCCAGAUGCUAUCGAUAGACCCGAGUAAACGUCCCCGCUCGGCACGAGUGUUAACAGUUCUUCGUGGCAUAUCGAUAUUGUCGCUCGCAAGCACCGUCAAUCUAGCUCUAGAAAGUUUGUUAUCCGUGAAUCGCCGAAGCAUCGACCGUGUGCUGGAUAAGAUGCGGUUUCAAAGCUGGCUCUUCGCUUUCGAUCGAUUGCUUGGUGAAACAGAGCGAAGCGAACUAGAUAGUCUUGACUUCGACUUUCCCAAGACAACCCAGACGCUGAAAGAGACACGUCGCAUCUUAGAGGGGGUCGAGGGGGAUAACGUUGUAAAUCACCAGCAGCUGUCUCUCCUCCGAUAUCAGCAUGCUAGGCUAAUCGAGGCUCUUCCGUCUUCCUAUCGUCUCAUCGCCGAGGAGCGCCUAGUGAAGCAAGUCUUACAGAUUGAUAGUGUGGAGCAGUUGGGCAGGUUAUCGACUGCGAUCACCGAGGCGGGCGACAAAGACAUCGGGGUCUUGAUUGCUGUCAAGCAUCUUACAGCCCUCGCCGAAACAGGCCGUCUGAUUGAGCAGAGUGAUCUUCUUCUUGACCGGAAGAAUAUUACGUUAAAAUCAGACAUUGAUAUCCAUAGCCUAGCAUUGCUAGCACCUACGUCGGAACUCAUCCUCAUAGAGUGGCUCAGAUAUAGGGAAACAUGGGCUGACGAGGUCAUCGGAAUAGAGCUCCGCCGCCGACUGACAUCUGUGGUUGGCCUGCUCCACGCUGAAAGCACUACGCAGGUAUCUAGUAGCUUACGCUGCAAGGGCAUCUUCCAUCACGCGUCAAACGGAGCCUUUGGCGUUAUCUAUAGUCUCCCUACCCCGGGGACGCAGCAAAUCACCUUGCAUGGACUCCUGAGUGCCAAAGGCCUAUACCGCCCUCUGCUUGAAUACCGUUUUCGACUAGCCUUCGAAAUAUGCAAAUGCAUCUACACGCUUCACAAGGUCGGAUGGCUACAUCGCAAUCUCCACUCGAUGAACGUGCUAUUUUCUCCGCCGGAGGGUGCUGAGAAUGUCGAAUGGGCUAAGAAUCCGAAAAUCUUAGGGUUUGCAAGCAGCCGCGAAAACCGGCUCGAUUCUUUUACCCAUGGACCAGAUCAAAGCCGCCAACUCCGGAGCUACCAACAUCCAGAGUACCUUGAACGCCAGGAACGCUACCGAGAAGAAUUUGAUUACUACUCAGUCGGCAUGCUCCUGCUAGAGAUUGGAUUCUGGAGUACUCUGUCUUCUAUCACAAAGGACGACCACUUCCAAGGAGUAUCGGACGAAGAAUUCAGAAAACAAGUUCUUGCGACGAGGGUCCCGCAGCUUCGCAUCACAAUGGGAACUCGUUACAUGGAGGCGACUCGCUCCCUUCUUACCAGAACCUGGUAUCCAACUUCUUAUUGGUCGCAUUGGCGAUCGACUUCAAGCGCACAGGUGCAUGAAACAGAAGCUGAGCCUGACAAGUUCAAUUUCUUAUCCUUUCUCGCCAUAGCUCAGGCGCUGCAGAUUGAAUUCCUCCCAAUUGUCAAGGAUCUAGGGCAGGAAGCUAUAGGCAUUGGUGGAACUUCCACAAUCCACGAGUCACUCGUAAACGUGGACACGAGCUUUGCCUUCAAAGUCCACCACAAGCGAGGCAUGACCGAGGACCAGGUCUUCCGCAAUCUCAUAAACGAGGUCAUUGUGUCAAGUCAAGUGUUUAUCCGUAGCCAUGCAAGUAUCGCCCAGCUGCGUGGGAUUUCCUGGGAUGUUUCUGCCGAUGAUGAUAAGCCGUGGCCCGUCUUGGUUUUCCAAAAAUCGCAUUUUGGAGACUUACAUCACUUUGCAAUGCAUGGGGGAAGAGACAUGACAGUCGUCGAGCGACUCGAUCUUUGCUUGGACAUCGGAAGAGCGAUCGAAGACAUGCACUGUAACAAGAUUGUGCAUGGUGAUAUUAAGCCGGAGAAUGUUCUCGUCUUUAAAGGAAUGACAGGAAGAUUUAACGCAAAGGUCAUAGACUUUGGGUACUCCAGCCGCUACAUCGACCGAAACCAAUACCUCCUACUGGCAAGAUCGGAGCCAUGGAACGCGCCAGAAAAUGACGGUCGUCAGGAUAAGUGGACUCUAUCAGAGGCUGUAAAAGCUGAUAUGUUUUGUUUCGGCAUGCUAUGUCUCUGGCUUUUGUUUGAGCCCCGUAUAUCUGGAGGGUUACUACUGCUACCAAAUCUAGAGGUAGUAGACAUUGAACUUCCCAGACCGGCAGAAGACACUCUGCGCAUCAUGAAGGGAAAGCUCAAAACGUAUGCCAGCUAUCUCUUAUCAUGCGACACAGGCUUGAGACAAGACCAAAAUAUGGCCCUACAAGAAUUCUUCGACUCGAGCUUAAGUCAUAUCUCCAACGAACGGCAGAUGAGUCUGCGGAUGUUCCUGGAAAAGAUGGAUCCACAAAGAAGGCCACUCUACCAAGAAGUCAUCACCACAACUUCUGAAUAUAGUCUACAAAGUAGUGACUUCAAGAUUGAAGGAUCGAUAUUUGAUUUCUAUAUCACUGACUAUCGAGUUCGGUCCUAUAUUGCUCAAUGCCUUCUAGAUCACUAUUCUCAAUCCGCGCCAAUAGCGAUUCAGGCAGCUCUCUGCUACUAUAUUGGUUUCGGUGUUAAGAGGGACGAAGCCAAGACUAGGGAAAUCCUACUUCGAAACAACCAGAAAAUCCAAAGAGUUAAAGAUAUAGCCUCCGUUCUGUGUCAGAGACGGAGCGAAUUUCCAUCUUCUUCUGUGUCUGAGCUGAGAGGUUUUGGCCAUUUCCCUCGGUCAGAUUUUGCGUACCUCUACUUUGAUCAGGAAAGAAUUGACCAGGCGGAGGUACAAUUAACGCAAGAAACUGAUGAUUUGACAAUCGUUUUUGGCGGUAGUCAUGCUCUCACGGUACUAUCUAAAGACAUACUUGGGGGUGUAUAUUUUAUUCAAGGCCGGAUCAAAGAAGCUGAAACUCUAGAGAUACUGGUGGUGGAGACUUACAAGACUAAACUAGGUGCCGACCAUCCUAGCACAUUAACAAGUAUGGCUAACCUGGCCCUCAUAUAUAAAAGUCAGGGCCGAUUAAAAGAGGCUGAGAAGUUGUUGAGGCCAGCGAGAGAGUCUUGUAGCAUGAAACUUAAGGAGGUUCGUCGCCCUACAAGAGCAAACCUAACUGCUCUAUUAUCAACACUGCGGAAAAUAGACCAGUUAGAGUUUGCUAAGGAUUAG